GCGCGUCUCUGGUCUCCAUGGUUAUGGGAGUCCGCUCCCUGUCACUGUCAUUACUAAUGGCCCCGGAGUGACGUCACUACUAGGCGCCCGCUCUCCCCUCAGCCGGCGGGAUGUCUGAGUGUAGCCUGGAGCAGCUGUCUGCGGCUUGGAACGCCUUGAGCGUCGGGCUUGUACCGCCCUCCGCCUUGGGCCUGGCAGCACCCAGACCCAGCACGGGGGAGUCAGUCGUUGAAGCCCACCUUAAGAGCGCUCUAGAAGUCUUGCACCUCUAUGACCUGCAUUCCAUGGUGGAAGAAUGGUUCACGGAAGUUCUGCAGAUGGACCUACAGAGGAACAUUGCCCCAGAGUUCUGGAAUGGAAUCAACCAGCACGAGAAUGCGGUGGAGGAGGAGCACUGCGCUGUGCUCUUAUUGGACGCUUUUCGCCUGCUCGUGUCCCGCCUGGAGCCCUACCUGCGCAGCCUGGACAUUCUCGCCAAGUGGAUCGACACGGGGCUGCUGGGCUCGUCCGACUCCCAGAUGCUGCGGGAUAAAGUCUACACCAUGUUCAAGGCCAUCCUUUUCUUCUCCACCUCCAGCCACUUCCAGGACAUGAUCCAGCAGUUCUACAGCCGGACCUUUAAGAUAUACAUGAAGCAGAGAAAGAGAGGAGACGGCGGCGGCGGCGGCGGGAGUGACAGCAGCAUGAAUGAGAAUGAGCGCGAGAGCGACUCGGACGAGAGAGGCGCCGAUGAGUGGCAGUGCCCGGGCUGUGAGAGCAGCAGAGACCAGUGUUGGUGCCUCUGUGCUAUGGGGCAGUUUCAGCAGCUCAGCGACAUAUUUCACAGGCUAAAUCUGCUGGAGAGAAUCUGCUCGGACGCAGUGACCACCAUUUUGCACAAGAUGAUCGAGGAGCGGAUGGAGAAGAGAUGCCGCGGGGAGUAUGAACGAUCCUUCCUCGGGGAAUUUCAGGAGUGGAUCGAGAAGGUGAUUGGUUGGCUCAGCAAAGUAUUCCUGCAGGAUGGGACGGUCCCGCCGACUACGCCAGAGACCAGCAGCACCCUGAAGCGUUGGCGCUGCCACGUGCAGCGGUUCUUCUACCGGCUCUAUGCCAGUAUGCGCAUCGAGGAGCUCUUCAACAUCAUCAGAGACUUCCCCGAAUCCAAGCCUGCCAUCGAAGAUUUAAAGUUUUGCCUGGAAAGAACAAAUCAGAGGCAACAGCUGUUAACGUCGCUGAAGAACGCUCUGGAAACCCGACUUCUGCACCCUGGAGUGAAUACAUCCGACAUUAUCACCCUGUACAUAUCGGCCAUUAAAGCCCUGAGGGAGCUGGACCCUUCCAUGGUUAUUCUGGAAGUCGCCUGUGAGCCCAUAAGGAAGUAUCUGAGGACAAGAGAGGACACUGUCCGGCAGAUUGUCGCCGGGUUAACCGGGGACGCGGAAGGUUCCGCCGACUUGGCCAAUGAGCUUUCUAAGGCGGACCCCGUCCUGGAAAAUGGGCAGGAGAGCGACGACGACGUGUCCGAAGCGGAGGAUUGGCUGCCGGAUCCUGUAGAUGCUGACCCGGGCAAAAGCAGCUCCAAGCGUCGCUCUUCGGACAUCAUCAGCCUCCUGGUCAGUAUCUACGGCAGCAAAGAGCUAUUUAUUAACGAGUACCGCACCCUCCUGGCCGAGCGGCUCCUGCACCAGUUCAACUACAGCUCAGAAAGAGAAAUCCGCAAUGUGGAGCUGCUGAAGCUGCGCUUUGGGGAGGCCCAGAUGCACUACUGUGAGGUUAUGCUGAAGGACAUGGCAGAUUCCCGCAGGAUUAACUCUAACAUACGAGACGAGGAAGAGAAGUUGCCAGAGGAAGAGCGGCCGCCAUUUAAUGUCGUUGCUGUGAUCCUGUCCAGUGAAUUUUGGCCGGCGCUGAAGGAGGAGAAAUUGGAGCUUCCUGAUGAGAUCAAAGAAGUGAUGGACAUGUACACCAAGAAGUACGAGAAACUCAAGGCAAUGCGCACGCUGAACUGGAAGCACCACCUCGGGUUAGUGGUUCUGGAUGUGGAACUGGCCGACCGGACCCUGUCGUUCCCUGUGUCUCCUGUACACGCAGCCAUCAUCUUACAUUUCCAGAACAAAAGCACGUGGACUCUGGAGGAACUGAGUGAAGUCCUGAAGGUGCCCGUGGCUUCUCUUAGAAAGAAAAUGGCCUUCUGGCUUCAGCACGGGGUCCUCCGCGAGGAUCCCCCCGGCACAUUCACGGUGAUCGAGGAAGAGCAGAAAGAUCGGCCCGAGAAGGUGGUGUUAAUAGACAGCGACGAGGAGGGGGAUUCCGCCAUGGCCUCCCAGGCCGACCAGAAGGAAGAGGAGAUGCAGCUGUUCUGGACCUACAUACAGGCCAUGCUGACCAACCUGGAGAGCCUGCCCCUGGAGCGCAUACACACCAUGCUCAAGAUGUUUGUCAUGACCGGCCCCGUCGUCACCGAGAUCGACAUUCAGGAGCUGCAGAGCUUCCUCCAGAAGAAAGUCAGCGACCACCAGCUGGUCUACUCUGGGGGGGUCUAUCGGCUGCCCAAGAACUCCAGCUGAGACCCCACUACUGCCCCCUAUAGUGUAAUGGACACAAUGAACUUUACUCUGUGUUGUUUGAAGGCUUUUUUUUCUAUUUGUUGCCCCUGUACGUCUCCCACAUAUCCAGCCCCCCUGGCUUCCCAACCCCCCCAGCCCAGUAAAUAGAGACUCCUGUAACGGCUGGGUGACGUGGGUGCUGACCCAGGGGAAUGAGGGUGCUGCCUGACCCAACCCAGGGUCUCCCCGUGCCGACUCUCCAAGGCUUCUCUGCCUCUGUAAUGUACAAAUAAACGCUCUCUGUCUGAUAA